CGCGGUCACACUGGAUAAAAUUCAUAUACACAUACACGCGAACGAAGCGACCGUGUGUGGAUUCGUGGAGCAAAUCGAAAUUGGCAGGAUUAAAAGCAUUCGCGAACGCACAGGCAGCGGCUAUAGGGCUGCCCACGCACUAAGAACACUAACUAGCCAGUUAAGAGGUUCCUUAACCACCGACUAAUAUGCAAAAAUCAGCGUAAUUGGCAAGUUCAAUGCACGACUAAUAUAUUUGGCCACACUUGCCAGUGUGCGUGCGCGCGUGUGUGUGUGUGCUGUCCGUGUGCGCGUGUUUGUGUGGCCGCGACGAGUAUGUGUGCGGUAUAUCGUAUAUUUGCAAGACUCGCGGAUGAAACAGCGUGAAAAGUGAGCGAAACAUCGGGAAUAGGGCAGCCCAGCCAAAGAACUCGAUCCGGAUUCUGAUGCGGACGAUGGGGAUAUAGAUCUAUCCAUAGAGCCACCGCACCACAGUAGGUCGGUCAGGCGACGUCAAGUUGGAAAAGCAGGAACGGAGCAGAGAUGUCGAAGCGGCUCCACUGAGUCAAGUGUUUUGUGGUGUUGUGAAAUUUUCCGUCUCCAGGUCGUAAUCUCCGCAAUCGUAAUCCCGCCGCGAUUGAUUCCCUCAUCAAAAUUUUCAAUUGAACGCAACUCCGCCAUAAACAAAAAUCGAAAAUUCGACCACUAGCCAAACAACAAAAAAUCACGCAGUGAAGAAGAAGCAGCAGCCAAAAAAAAAAGAAAAGAAAACUUGUUUGAAAAAGGCCGAACCGAAGAAAAAGAGUCGGAGUUUCGAGAAUUACAGCGUGCUAGGAACGAAGCACCGGCGACGUCACCAAAUAUACGCAUCACCAUGGAUGAGGAUGACAACCUGUCCAAUGCCGACAUCAGCAUCGACGAAGAAGAGGCGGUGGAGCGUUCGCGCGAGGCCAUGCAGCAGGAUGACCAGGACCAGGAUGAGGACGAAUCCUCUGAUGUGGAUCUGUCCUCGGUGUAUGUCCUGCCCGCCAUAGUCUCGAUAGGUGGUGGUGCACCUCCUCCAGUGCGAACUAGUGCAGGAUCAUCGGGAGGCGGAGUAGGUGGAGCAGGAGCCACAACUGCAGCCACCGACAACUCGCAUUCCCCUUUCCACGACUGGGAUUCCAGAGUGGCGGCUGCUGCUCCUCUGCCACCGCCGCCCCGUGGAACCACUGCAGCGGGAUCUGGCGGCAAUCCCUCCUCCUCAUCUUCUGGCGAUGCCGGCGCCAAGCCGAGCUUCUUCUUUGGCGCCUCGUCCUUUAGUUUGCGCAGCCGCAAGGAAGUGGCCGCCCUGAUCAACACCGAAUGCUGCCGCGGCAGCCCCACGCCCGAUCUCGACUCUAUAAUGGACACCCUGUUUAAUCCGGGCACGCCCAUCGACAAUCUGGACAACAUCGAGUGGAUACGAUGGCUCAUUGCCGGCGGACGCACGCCGCAGGAGUUUGUUAAAAUUGUGCGCAGUUAUGACAACCACGCGAAGUGCGGACUGGUGUGGGUACCCCAUGUGGUGGCGUACAGGUGUCGUACUUGCGGCAUCUCGCCCUGCAUGUCCAUUUGCCGCGACUGCUUCAAGAAGGGCAACCACACGAACCACGACUUCAACAUGUUCCUAUCGCAGGCGGGCGGUGCCUGCGAUUGUGGCGAUACCUCGGUGAUGAAGGCGGAGGGCUUCUGCAGCGAUCACGGCAUCAAUAAUCGGGUCAAUCGCGACCCGGUGCCCAACAAUCUGUUGGCGGUAGCCGAGGCCAUAAUGCCUAAGUUGCUGUUCCGCCUGCUGCAGCACUUCCGCGAGCACAGCGACACCUCUCUCCAGGUGCACGCAACGACGUCGUACUCGUGUGAGGAGUUCGCCAACAUGCUGAUCGAUCUGAACAACAUGGGUGAGAUAAUGCGCAAAGUGAUGACGCGUACGCUGAUCAAUCCGGAGGUAUAUGCCUACUUUAUGGAGGCACCAUGCCAGGACACACGGAAUGGACGUUUCUUGAAAGCGAACCGGGAGAAGUAUGAGGAUGCUGUGAACAGAUUCCCAAACCCAGAGCCACCCGAUGAGUACAGGGAUUUGCCGGCGCUUGGCGACAAACUGGUACACACCACGUUGCUCGAGGAGUUUAUCUUCUGGACAUUCAAGUUCGAGUUUCCACAGACGCUAGUUUGUUUCCUGCUCAACAUGCUCCCAGAUCAGGAUUACAAGGAACACCUGACCCGCACAUUUGUGAUGCACUACAGCCGCAUACCGUCCGUGCUUGAGAUGUCCCGCGAUCCUGAUACCCUCAGCAACCGGGUGGUCCACAUGAGCGUCCAGCUCUUCUCCAACGAAAGUCUGGCCCUCAAGAUGGUCAAUGAGCUGUCACUGUUGCACGUGAUGAUCAUCAGUCUGAAGUUGAUGAUGUCCAAGAUACUCAUACAAAAUACGCUACAUGAUCCCAGCAAGAAUUUUCACUUUGUCAUCGACUGUACGCGACAGGUGAUGAAGGACCAUUGCUAUUGGCCGCUAGUCUCUGACUUUAACAACGUUUUGUCACACGAAUCGGUGGCCCUGGUCUUUUUGAGAGACGACAACCUCAUUGACAUGUGGUUCCAGUUCCUCCAGAUGCUUCAGGGCAUGAAUGUCAACGUGCGGGAGACGGCUUCUCACGUGGAAUUCGAGCCAAACAGCUACUAUGCAGCUUUCUCCUGCGAACUGGAGGCCAGUGCCUAUCCCAUGUGGUCGAUUAUUUCGCAUUUGCAGGAUGGCACACACGCCCACCUGGCCAAAAAGAUCAUCAACUACUGCGUGACGACGCUUCACGAGUGGCUGGACUCUAUUUACUUCAUGGAGGCGCGUCUAUCGAUGGAGGAGAUGAUGCAGGCUUCCUUCCACUUUCCACUGCACCGAUAUUUGGCCGCCUUUGUGUGCCAGGCGGUCACCAAAAUGGGAAUUAGUUUGAACGACGUGCUUCCCUCACGUCCUUAUCUCCUCCCCUUGCUGAUGAUCCAUCCGCUGCGCGUCCAGAGUUUCUUCUACGAGAUCCUCGCCGGAAAAUGGGUGCGCAACGGGCUGCAGAUCAAGGGCCAGGCGAUGACCUACAUCCAGGCGAACUUCUGCAACUCGAUGGCAGACAUGGACCUGUUCUUCCUGCAGAUCUGUGCCACCAACCUGCCGCAGUACUUCUUCCUGCAGAACACCAUCGAGCUGUUCGACGUGGGCCUGUGGCUGGAGACGGCUCCGCUGAAGCAGCCGCAAAAGGCGGAGCAAUCCUCGAUGUUGGAGGGAUUCCUCACCUUCCUGGCCACUCUAGUGACGAGUCGCACGAAUCUGGGCAACGACGAGGCCACUCAGUGCAUCAUCGAGAUCAGUGCCCUGUUGGCUACCGAAAACAAGACGCAUUCGCAGCUCCUCGAACUGAUGCCGGAGAGAUCGGGGAAUGUGCACACCAAGAACUUUGAGACCUUCCUGAAGAAGCUCUCCGUUUACAAGGCUCCGUCCAGUGGGAGCGAGAAUCUGGAGCAGGGUCUCUUCACGCCCAUCGACGAGGUGUGGGAGAAGCACUACGAUCCGCUGCACGUCCUUUUGCGAGCAGUUCAUCGCCGGGACUUCCAGUCCUCGCUCGACCGUUUUACGAACUAUGUGAAGAGUAAGGAGAAGAUGCCGGCGAGCGGGAAUCUGUGGCCACCGUUCCGACUGCCGCAGGCUCUGCCCGCAACUAGCUCCUUUAGCGAUCCGUGCAAGAUUCUCAACUCUCGCGUCUUUCACUCCACCAUCCUAUCGAUAUUUUUCCGGGCAGUGCACACCCGUGAUGUUUCCGAGCACCUGCUGGCCCUGGCCGUGUUUCUCUUGGAGAUUGCGGUGGAAACGAGUGAUGAUGUUGGCAAUUGUCCCGGAGAUCGUGCUCCUCCUGCGCUGGCUGCCAUGGUGGAGUCCUCGGGCGGUCCGGGUUAUCAUGGCUACGGUUCGGGCCGGCAGGAACCGCCCAAGCUGUUUCAGUGCUACCCCACGGACAAUCUAAGCUGCAAUCUGCGCCAUGUGGUUAAGAAGGUGUCUCUGAAGUCGCGCGAUCCGCAAGUGAUAACCUCCAGCUAUCGCUCGAAUCCGUUUUACUCGGAUCUGGACUUUGACGUUGAGGCGGAUCCGGAGCAAUCGUUGCGAAUGAUUGGUCAUGUGGAUUCCGAAGGCGAUGAGGCAACAGGAGGCGCUGGCCUGGGAUCGGUUGGUCUGGGCCCAGGAGCCCUCAGCAGGAGGAAUAUCUCGCAGGCGCUGGUCCCGAUGCGAGUGCCCGGCAUGGAGGUUGCCCUGCCCCCGGAUCUCUCGGUGGUCGCCGAAACGGGUGUGGUCAUCCGGCAGGACAGCAACGACGAUGAGCUACUGAGGGAGGGCGAUCACGUCAUGGAUAUGAGUCCAGCGGCCGCCCUGGAUUUCCAUUUCCCGCUGCAGCAGAUCACGUUGCCGGAGAGUGGGAUGGAGGUGGCCAUCCGGCGGGAUCUCCUGCUGGCCGAGACAAUUAACAUGGGGGCAAUGGGCGGAGGAGGAGGAGAAGGAGGACCUGGUGGAGGCGCCAAUCCAUCGGCCACACCCCCGCUGGCCUCCAACGAGAUGUUCUCGCCCACCACGCCCACGAGCAGUGGCAUGCUGCUGCCUUUCCAAAGGGUCCAGCCCGUGGCCGUUCCCAGCAGCGUCAACAUGGACAUUGUCCCAUCCAAUGCUCUGGGUGCCGGCGGAAGCUUCACCUCCGGCGUGGGUGGUGGCGGCACUGGACGUAGGAUGAACUACGAGACCGGUGGAGCACGAAAACGAUCAGUGGACAUUGCCAUCGGUGGCAGCAACAAGGACGAGCUGCACUUGGAAGAGAGUAUAUUGUCGCUGCUGCUCAAGCUCCAUUCCCAGCUCUCGGGCACGCUGGAUAGCUUCUCGUUGAGCGACGGCGAAGAGCACUCAUUUGGCGAGGAUUCAUCCAUGGAUGUGGACUGCAACGAAGCCAGCACCUCGAUGGCAGCAGCCGAAAGCACCGCUCUGGCCGAAAGAGGACGCAGCAGGCGCAACUACAAGAACAUUCAUGUAUCCUCCUCCCGCAUCGGCGAUGGACCAUUCUUUAUUGGCAAUCUGCUGCGCAAGAUCGCCAAGCAGGAUGAGCAGUGCGCCCUAUGCAUCGACGACAUCCGGGCCAAACUCUGGCCCAACCAGCGCGAGAAGCAGGCGGAAGCGAAAGCCCGCGAGACCAAGGAGAAGGAGGAGCGCCGCAAGAAGGCACGCGAGCGCCAGCAGAAGCUGAUGCAACACUUUGCCAACAAGCAGAAGCAGUUCAUGCAAUCCGCUGCGGCAGCUGCCAGCAACAUGGACUACGGACCAGAGGACGAGGACGACGAGGAGCUGUACGAGGAGCAGCCGCGCGAGAAGGAGUACGACUGCAUAAUCUGCAAUUGUACCACGCCCAGCACGGAAUCGAAUCCUAUAGGACUGGUGGUUCUGGUCGAAUCCAGUGGCAUUGUUGGCCAUCGACGGCGCAUCGCGGAGCGACUGCCGCUGCCCCUUAACGCGGAGGAUGAGUCCCGACUGGAGCACACCACUAGACUGGCCGCCGAAUUCAGCAGGCGUACAGAACUGCUAAGUCUCAAGUUUGGCGACGAGUCCUGGUAUCUGUCCAACAACAUGGCCUACGACAAUGGUGUGCAUGUCCAGUCGUGUGGCCACCACGUUCAUCUCAGUUGCCUGGAGGCAUACCUCAAGACACUGUACACCACCCAACGCCAGCCGGUUCAGGAUCGCGGCGAGUUCUACUGUCCCGUGUGCCGGCAGCUCUCCAACUCGGUGUUGCCGCUAAGUCCACAGCUGGACAGGCCCUCGCACCUCGUCCGCUCAGGUAAUCAACCGUUCGAGCGCCUCGUUGCCGACCUCACCGAUCUGAUCAAGGAGAACGAGACGAUACCGCAGCCAUCAAAACUAACAGAGGCCAUGGGUCACGCUAUGGAGGUAAUGACAAACAUUGCGCAACGCAAGGUCAAGUGCGCCUCGAUCACGUUCCGCAAGCUGUUCAUCUUCGUAACGUCAAUAGCACGAACAAAUCUGGAGGCGGAGAUCAUUCAGCGUGGCGGAUCGCUCUGCUCGGCGAAUUCCACGCGGUAUAAGCCGAAGAGGGACUGCAUCGUACCGCUGUUGCACGUCCUAUCGGUUCAUGUGCGUGUCCUGGUGAAGUGGCCGCUGUGGACCAGCUGGGCCUCGCUGGCCGGCCUGCCUGUGGGCGAUACGGAACCGCUGCCGGCGCACUGCGUCGAGAUGAUACCCAGCCUGCUGGCGGAUCCCAUUGCGCUGUUGCUCAAGUUCAUUCUGCUGGCGCCACUGCAUCUGGACCAGGAUUACUUCACCUGCAUGGUGAAGGUGAUGUACAACCUGCUGUACUACCAGAUUGUGGUCCAGCUGUGCGUCACCCUCACGGAUUUCGAGUGCAAUCACAUUCUCAAAGUUUACGGCAGCGGCUGCGCUGACAGUGGCACUUCCGCCGCGGGAACUCAGUCGGAGUCGUCGACCGCCGGAUCCACGACCAGCUCGUAUAAUCGUCGCCGUGGUGGCCACCAGCAACAGAGCUCUUCGGAGCUGGGCAAGGCCAUGGCCCUGGUGCUGAGUCAGACAAAUGAGCUGGCUCACUUGCGGCGGGAUUGCAUACCCAGCACCAGCAGCUCGGCGGCAGCGGCUGCGGCGGCGGCUGGCUCCUCCUCCACAACCGCAUCAGGUUCCGCCACAGCAACGGCAUCAGCCUCCGCCUCAACCUCCUCGACCCCGCCGCAUGAGGUCAAUCUCAAAUCCAUGGAGCUCCAACUGCAGUCACUGUGUUUGCCCUUCCUGCGAGUGGCUGCCCUGCUCCGCCAGCAUCUCUAUCGCCACGAGAUGCCCGAGAUCUCGGCCCCGGGUCUGGAGUUUGUGCGUCUGGUCUACUACUUGGAACUGGUCACCGAUUCGAUGGACUGGGAUUGUUUUAAUGCCAGCAAGGGCCUGUGCUUUAUUCCCGGCACUGAGCAAACGCUGCCACAGUUCUGGUGCCAGCAGCUAAUGGAAGUGCGUCCGCCGGCGGAUACGAUCAGGGAAUUGGUACUCAUCAAUCAGCACUCGUUGUGGCAGCAGCCGCGACUUCUCGAACUGCCGCGCGAGUACGAACGCUUGUUCACGUACUACCACGAGCGCCCGUGCCUCAACUGCUACAAAGUGCCCAAGGAGAGCUCCAUUUGCCUGCUGUGCGGGAAGAUCGUUUGCCUCAAGCAGAACUGCUGUGCGGAGAACGACUGCUGCGAGGCUGUUCGGCACACGCUAUCCUGUGGUGGAGGCAUUGGCAUCUUUUUGGUGGUCACCUCCACGUACAUCAUCGUUAUCCGCGGACGACGCGCCUGCCUUUGGGGCUCUCUGUAUCUGGACGACUUCGACGAGGAGGAUCGCGAUCUCAAGCGCGGCAAACCUUUGUAUUUGAGCCAAGAUCGCUUCAACCUGCUGGAGUCGCAGUGGCUAUCCCAUAAGUUUGCUCACACAAAACACACCUGGGUGUUCCAUCGGGAUCUCUUGUGAAAUAUGGAAGAUCUACUGCGCAGCAUCCAGGAGCUGGUUGGCCAGAUCUGAGAUGGGAUUGGAAGCGUCAGUCAGCUGCCCGGCCGCUCCUCGCCUAGUCGAACCAGUCAACCACCCGCCCCCAAAAUCCCUUUCAAUCACCAGCCCACACUAAUCCAACCAAGCAACAAACCAACAACCCCACUUGUCCCCUAAGUUUAAGCGAGUUUCGUUGUUGUUUCGGCGCUUCAUUCGCGGAGGAGGAGUAGGAGUAGGACACCAGGCCGCGUUCUGUCCGCUAUCUGCAUCCGUAUUCGCUUACGGUCACCCCCAACCACUACGCCCCACGCACCUAGAAGCAACGUCGGCAAUUUGCAAUUAAUUGAUAUUACACAUUUUUAUAUAUAACAAUACUUAUAAAUAUGGAUGCAAAACAAAACGAAAAACUACAGCUAUAUGAUUGUUUGUUGUCAACUGUUCAACUGAGAAACGCAUAAUACACUUAAUAUAAAAAUCCGCCUAAUCUCGCGAGCAAAAAAAAUAUUUAUCAACAAAUUUAGUGCGACCUAAAAAUACAUAAAUACGCUAACCACCCAAUUGCUGGGCGAAGACGAAGAAAAUAAAACCCUGAAAGAAACCGAAAUUUAAGCUCCGCGCGGGUCUCUCUAGUUGCGUUCUACCUAAACUAAGUCUUAAGUCCUUAACUCUAUAGGUUUUUUUUUUUAGGGAAAACAAAGGCAAGAAAGCAAGUAACAAAAAAUAACACGAUACACAAUAUAACAAUUGUCUACUUUGGCCUCAUGAGUUUGUGCAUGUAAAAAAUGAAAAAAGAUUAUAUAGUUAAUAUAUAUAAAUACCAUAUUUACUAAAGUUAAUGCAACAAAAGCAAAAAAAAAAUACAAAACAAAAAAACAAUAAACGAAAAGCGAAUUGUGAAUUGCGUAGAAAUUAGUUUGCAUAUAUCCCAUUAUACAUAAAUAUUAUGUAAUUAAGAGUGGAAGCAUAAAGAAAAAAUGAUUGACGAAGAGGGUAAUCUGAAUAUGAAACACUAGGAUCGGAAGUGAAUUUGUUAUUAGUUUUAACAAAUUGUGUGUAUUUAUUUCUAGUUCUGCAAUUCGAUUUAUUGAAAUAUUAGCUAGUCUUUGCAGUAGAUCAAUUUGAUCGUUCAAUUUGAUAUUGAAUUCCCAUUGCAGCUAUGAACGGAAGUGAAUUUGUUUUUAGUUUUUAAAAAUUGUGUGUCAUGUAGGAGCACACAUUUUGUAAAAACGUGUAAAUGACUCGAGUUGCAGAACUAGAAUUGAGUAUUUAAGGUUUUUCAAGAAAUUCAAAAAAAAAAAAUUGAAGGUAUCUCCUUCAUUAAACCUGGUUGUCUAGUAAUUGGUAUAAGAUUCCAUCGAGUUAUAGAACAAUUGCAUGUGAGUUAAAAAGACAUGGGAAAAAUUGCUGCGCAUUGUAAAUACACUAAAAACGAAGCUGCAUCUUGUAUAAUUAUAUAUUAAAAUAUCACAUUUUUCCCUUAUAUUUUUUUUUGCUAGUUAUACAAAUCUAGAUGUUUCGGUUGGCCUCCUAGACUAACUAAAUACUACUCUGCAAAAACAAAAAAACACACGAUUUAAGAGAUUAAAUAGCACAGCACAGCAAGACACUCCGAAUACACCGACACAGAUACACACACACCCUAGUACUCUAGUACACCCAAAAAAGAUAAUGUAAACAUGCAUUCUGAGUGACAAACCGAAAUCCCUGAAUAAAAUUUAAAAAUCAUUACAAAAGAA